AUGAAUGUCAACAAAGACGUCAAUUUUGAGGAGCUGGCCCGGUGUACAGAUGAUUUCAACGGUGCCCAAUGUAAAGCUGUUUGUGUAGAAGCGGGAAUGAUAGCUUUGAGGCGCAAUGCGACGGAAAUCACACAUGAAGACUACAUGGAUGCUAUUCUGGAAGUGCAAGCCAAGAAAAAGACCAACUUGAACUACUACGCCUAA